AUGAUAUUUGAACAAACAUCAAUUACUCCUAUAUUUAAUGAGCCCAAUCCCGACAUACCCGCUUCUUUUGAAUUUCAAACAACUCCGAUAACUAAACCUACGACCUCCAAACGAAAUUUAUCUGAAAUUGCAACACCUAGCCCAAAAGAUACACCAAAUAUUACUAAUUCCUCAGAGCCAAAAUCUUACUUUCCAACACCUGUUCCAAAAGUUCCAAAGAAAAAGUUGAAGUCGAAAGAUAAACCCUCAUUAGAAUUUCGAGAAUUGCCCCAGAAGAUAACCAAUUUUAUUGACAAUCACAAUCCCAAGUUCCCACUCGAUAGUCAACAAUUCACUGAUCUGUUAGAAAAUACUCACGGUAGUAAUGAUGCAUUAAGCAUUGCUAAAGACUAUACCCUACCUACUCCAUCUCUUAUAGAAAUGAUAAAUGAAAUAAAUACCCAGGCUGAAGAUCGAAAUAUGAAAACUAAACGUACUAGACUAAUUAAAAAAUUAACUAAGCAACUGCUCAAACAUCCCAAUCCCGACAUACCCGCUUCUUUUGAAUUUCAAACAACUCCGAUAACUAAACCUACGACCUCCAAACGAAAUUUAUCUGAAAUUGCAACACCUAGCCCAAAAGAUACACCAAAUAUUACUAAUUCCUCAGAGCCAAAAUCUUACUUUCCAACACCUGUUCCAAAAGUUCCAAAGAAAAAGUUGAAGUCGAAAGAUAAACCCUCAUUAGAAUUUCGAGAAUUGCCCCAGAAGAUAACCAAUUUUAUUGACAAUCACAAUCCCAAGUUCCCACUCGAUAGUCAACAAUUCACUGAUCUGUUAGAAAAUACUCACGGUAGUAAUGAUGCAUUAAGCAUUGCUAAAGACUAUACCCUACCUACUCCAUCUCUUAUAGAAAUGAUAAAUGAAAUAAAUACCCAGGCUGAAGAUCGAAAUAUGAAAACUAAACGUACUAGACUAAUUAAAAAAUUAACUAAGCAACUGCUCAAACAUGUUGGUUCAUCUGACUUACACAGCAAUAUAUCUCAAAACUAA